ACGUGAACGCACCACCAGAGUGGCUGUUCUUACAUGACUUCACAUCGGACGCGUUCACUGUGACAUUGGAGACGCUGGACAGAGUCUGUACGUGAACCAUCAGUGGAGUUGUGAAGGAAAACACUCUACGUUCUAAAGCAGCGGACAGACAACCGUAACAACAAACAACAAACAAACAAACAAACAAACAAACAGGAAGAACCUGCAGACUGGGAUCAGUUCCUUCAGAUCUAUUUCCCACUUUAGCUCCGUGCUGGACGGAUCUGCCUCAGAGGAUAUAUGUUCGGUAAAGGUGCGAAGCGGAAGCUGGACGAGGAUGAAGAGGGGCUGGAAGGCAAAACGCUGGAGGCGUCGGUGGCGGGCGGACCGCUGGGCCUCUGCCCCGAGGGCCUGUCCAAGGUGUCGUAUACCCUGCAGCGCCAGACCAUCUUCAACAUCUCGCUGAUGAAGCUGUAUAGCCAGCGGCCGCUCGGCGAGCCCAGCCUGGAGCGUCGCGUCCUCAUCAACAACAUGCUGCGGCGCAUCCAGGACGAGCUAAAGCAGGAGGGCUCGCUGCGGCCACUCCUGCUGCCGCCGUCGCCGCCGCCAGACGACCCCAUGGACGAGGGGUUCCGCGAGGCCCCGCCUUCCUUUGGGGUUCUGUCAGCAGCGGCGGCACAGGUUUCCCAGCCUUCUGCGUUACUGAUGCCGGCAAUCGCUCCGCCGCCUUCGCCCCACCCGAUGGUGCCUCCCAACUGCCAGGCAUCGAGCGGCGCCGAGGCUUACCCCGCCCCCCUGGAGGCCUGCCUCACUCCGGCCUCUUUACUGGAGGAGGACGGCGGGGAGUCCACGUUCUGUGCUCCUUCGCCACCCACUCCUCCUCUCUCUCCUCCCCCGGCGCAAACUCCCUCGUUACCUUCGGCCCUUCUCAGCCAGGUGUCCCUCAGGGUCCCUGCGCCGGCCUUGUCCAACGACGGUUUCCCCUCCACUCUGAGUGACAUAGAGUUGGCUCCUCCCACAGCCAUAACAAGGACAGCAGCAGCUAAUAUCACGACCGUGACUACCUCCCCUGCUCCCACGCCACUCACCCGGCCCCCCCUACCCAGAGACAGCAGGACCACCGGCGCUAAACCAGAAGCAGCUGGCGUCUUGCUGCGGCCGGGAGACACACUGCCCCCCGGUGGCCUAGUAGACAUUUCCUCCUCCCCUCCUUCCUCCACCUCCCCCUCGGGGUUCCUCUCGGACUUGGCACUGGACGACGUCCUGUUUGCCGACAUCGACACGUCCAUGUAUGACUUUGACCCGUGCACGACGGCGGGCACCGCGGGCGUGACAGCGGGCGGGGGCCUCGCCAAACUGCCGCCGGUGGUGACGACGGAUGACCUCCUCAAAUCGCUGGCGUCGCCGUACACCGGCUCCGCCCCCCAGGUUUCAGCCAAUCAGCCUUUCAAAAUCGACCUGACAGAACUGGACCACAUCAUGGAAGUGCUGGUGGGUUCGUGACUCGCUGCCGGGAAACCCACAGACGAUGAAAUCCGGUAGAAAACACAGACUGGAACGAUGGAAUGGAAUGUCGUUCUUUUUAAUGUUUUAUUUUUUAAAAAAAACUUUGUUCAAAGGUCGGUAAUUGUAAACAUCAAUUGUUGAUGUCACUUAGUACUACUUUUGACAACUACUACUACUAUAACACAAACACUGUGCAUGCACUGUGCUCGCCUUUUCCAAAAUAUGGAAAUGAAGUAACUGGGAAACAAAAAAGACACAAAACAUGUUUGUAUUUCUGUACUUGUGAGGACCUCCACUGACUCCGUUCAUUCCCUCCCGAAAAAAAACAACCCUUAAUUUAAUCCACAUCUCAAACCCCUGCAAACCUAAGCCUUAACCCAACAGACGGAAACUGUAAAUAGAGACACACACGAGGACGGACGUUCGUCCUCGAAUCUGUAGGAUUUUAUAGUCUUUGUAUCCUGGUGAGGACCUUUGACCUCUCACAGGUAGAGAAAUACAAGUUAUCACACACACACACACACACACACACACACUGAAUCCAUGGCUUUUAGCAGACGAGUGCCUUUUUUAAAAUGACCACUUUUUUAAUUCCUGUUUUUUUGUUUUUACAGUAUUUUGUUUUCAGCCUAUAGCGAGGUCACUCCUCCUUUUCCGUGUUUUCUUUUCUUUUCUUUUUAAAUUAUUAUGUUUAUCUGUUCAAAAACUAUUAAUUAUAACGUAAUUUCUCACGAUCAAAUAAUAAUUAUUAUUUAAUCUUUUAUCUUUAUUGCAAAUGCUAUGUUUUUUGUUUUUAUUUAAGCAAGCAUAGAAAGGGUUUUUACAUGAAAUGUCAAUAGUUUUUACAAGUGUGCUGCGUCACGUAUUAGCUCGGAUAUAAUGAUAUUAUUAUUAUAUGAUAUUAUGUAUAAUUGCGCCCUGGUUUGUUUAUUUUUAAAGGUACAGUGUGUAAGAUUCUUUACAGUUGCAGUACCGAAGUAGCCUUCAUUUUAGCGUCAAAAAUAUAGUUUUGUCCAAGUUUUUACAUGCUGUACCUUUUACUCUUUUUUUUUUAAAAGCUUAUUGUUUAUGAAUGAAUUCAGUUCAGGAUUUACUCUUUCGUCCCGUUCUCGUCGGCAGGCGUGUGUAACUGUGCUCGCUGCUCUUUUUACAUGAGCUCGCUUGUCAGCUGCAGCAGAAGAAGAAUUCAAAUGAGCUUCACCACACGUGUUUACAAAGGGGAGUCGGACUCAGACGACGGGGAAAGAAGUCCAAACCGAAGCACAAUCUAUAGCCUCUGUAUAUGCGAUCAAGUCUUGAAAGCCGCCUGGAUUUAUUUUGAUUUUAUGGCUGUAGAAUUGUCCAAAAAAUGUUCAGUGAGUGAGUUCUUCUGCCCACUUUUUCCCCAAAAUAACUUUCAUUUUCUAGAUAUUGCAAACGGUCUAGGAGUUACAGUAAAAUGAGAAGUACGCAUGCCAAAUCCUUUCAUUGGUAACGGAAGGGUUAAAUCCCAAUACAGAACAGGGAGGAAUUGUAACAUCAAUACGACGUCGUAUUUGUAAGAUUUUCUCAAAGAAGAAUUGGACAUUUGCUUCAUUCAGCACGGAUUUAGCUUCAUACAGUGUUACACACGCCCUGUAAAUGCGGAGAAUGUUUACCAUAUGCCAAAAAGUCAAAGUUCGCAACCGUGAAGACAAAUUUAAACAUUUCAGCUGCAGGAAUAUUGGUCUGUUCUUGAGUAAGUGAGUAAACACAACCCCGGAGCUAACGCUACAGCUAACUAAACUUGACUAAUUUCAGACAUUUUAUGGACCAAAAUGAUCGAAAAAUACUCGUCAGCCCUAAAAACAACCAAAAUCACUACAUUUGUUAACGUGUUUAUUUUUUUUUCCUUCCCCCAGUUUGGUUAGCAACCUGUUUACAAAGACGUGGGUUAGCAAUUGUGCUAAAAUCUAAACCUUCUAAGAUACUUAUUUUAAAUGUUAGCUCCAGGCGUCAAGUUACCGAUAAAAUCGUAUUUUUUUACUGGCUUUCUAAAUUGCGUUCGUUGACUUUUUGUGCCACAUGGGGGCAGCACCAGAGCAAUCUAGACAUCAGUGUCUAGAUUGAAAAUUCACCAUCGUUGAUGUAUUGUAAGAGCAUUUUAUCGCAAUUGUUUCUGUCCCUUUUACUAGAUUUCAAAUUCUUGUGGUUACCGUAUUUUCUUCGUAAAGGACCGAAAAUAUUUGCAGAUGGACUUAAUAACGUAAUAAAAUUAUCACGUCUGUGUUUACCAUCGCAGCCUUUCCUUGGAGUAGAACAGUAUGUUGUAUGGCGUAAUGGUGCGUUCCAGUUUUAGUCGGAAAUUUCCAACUCAGAAAGUCAGGGCAACCUCACAAGUACACGUUGAGUUGAGCAUAACCUCUUCUUAAUGUGCCCGAAAAUAUUUGCGGAUAGAAUAGAAUACUACGUCAUGGUGUGUUCCAGUUGUAGUCGGAAGUCGUAAAAAUGUACAAGUCGUACCGUUUUAUUCGUGGGAUUGUUGCUACGCUGUCCGGUGUGCAAAAAUACAGUACGACUUGUACGCCAUUUGUGAUGUUGCUCUGACUUUCUAAGUUGGAAAUCCCCCCCGACUUUUUAACUGGAAUGCGAUCAACUCGGAUGUGACAUCACUCCCACUUCCAAUGACUUCCGAAUUUAAAAAAGAAAAGAAAAGGGAACGUAUUGUUACUUCGAGCGAGGACUUCCCAGCCGGCGGCACAGUCUGACUCUUCCUCUCGAUUUUGCCGAAACAGUAGCAGCUGGAACGCGAUAGUUCGUAAACUGAACGCAAGCCGAGCAGCAGCAGUGACUCGACGUCUUUGUCGACGACUGCAUCCUGAGUGCUUUUUGUUUUUCUUUGUCAAUGAAGUUAUUUAUUCGUAUUGUUUUUUCCUUUUCUUUUUCUUUUUCUGUGUAAAUAUAUUUAUUUUUUUUGGACGUGAAGUGAACAUUUUCAGAUUGUAAAUGCGUGUACAGAAUGUGUGGUAGGAGGAAUGUACUUCAGAUAGGAAUGUAUAUCUGAGUGUGGAAUUAUGGGGUGGAAGCCAUUUUUUUGUACACAUAGGUUUUUAUUAUUAUUAUUAUUAUUAUCUUGUUUGUUUUUCGUUCAUGUUAUUGAUUUUUAUUUUUUUUCCUGUGUGCGUGCGUGUGUUCGUCGUGGCUCGGCGGCCACAAACUUUUUACAUUACUUUAGUUUUUUUAUUCUAUUUUGUUAAUUUUUUUCCAGUUUCAUUUUUUUUUCACGCAGCAAUACUCAAAAAAACAAAACUUCAGAUGUCAAAGACUCCAAAGCCUGUCACAGACGCUUCAAUGCCAAAAGUUAUGUACAUAGUAUGAACAACAUUCGAGCUCCAGAGACCUUUUUCAUUUCUUGUUUUUUGUUAUUUCGAUCAGUGUUUGUUACCGAAUCGGUUUUAGCACGCGGUGGAGGCGGCGGCGGCGGCUCGAUUCGAUUCGCCCUGGGGGGAAAAAGAGACUGAUUCCCUCUACGAAGGCUGUAUUUUACACAGACCUCAGAGCUGUGCCUUUUUCUAUGCAAUAGAUCACAGAGAGAGAAACUAUCAGCUGAUCACUGUAUUGGCAAACAAACGUGGACUCAUACAUAUGUUCUACGGCCCACGUUUGGAUCCCAAUGUAUACGUGUGUGUAUAUAUAAAUAUGAGAUAAAUGGACAGCUGUCUGUGAAUUUGAAACAGUCUUACUUUUGUAGUUUUAUAUAUAUAUAUAUAUAAAUAUAUAUAUAUACAAUAAACUGUAAAAAGAGA